GUCAAAUCCUGACCAUCAAUCUGGGACCACAAUCCCUGAUACUGCAAACCUUAAUGUAAAAGACAAAACCUUCACACGUGAAGACAUCGGGGGCAAAGGUGAUAUAAAUGGUUUCAGAAAGGUUAUCAAAUAUGAAUUCAGGUCAUAUGCCCUAUCUCAGACAAUAAGACAUAUUGUCUUUAAAAAAUAUUGUGUAGAUUUCACAGAAAUUGAACUGGAUGUUAUCCAUGAAGAAAGAUGUCUGUUUGGUCUGCUAAAUUUGAGUGAUUGGGAUGAUUUUUUAGUAAUAGGAAAAGUGAGGGACCUUGAAAGUGUUAGCAAAAUGGAUGAAAGUUCAGAUACACCUAAUCUUGUACCCCACUUGAAGUCUUAUACAGAUUCACAAUUCCACGUAGUAGACAAAACCUUUGCUAGAGCAGAUUUUGGAUUCAUCGAUGAUAUAAAUGGUUUCAGAAAAAUCAUCAAAAAUCAUCUGAAGUCAUACAUUAAAUCUCAGACAGUAAGGUACAUUAUCCUUAGAGAUCUACAUGAAAAUUUCACUGAAGCUGAAAUAGAUGUUCUCCAUGAAGAAAAAUUUAGGCUAGGACUUUCAAAUACAGAUGAUACGGUUGAUUUAUUAGUAUGCAAGAUGAAAGACCCAAAAGGUACUAGUCAGAUUGGUAAAGCUGUAUGUACACCAUAUCUAGUGCCCCAUCUGAAACCUGUCCCUCCUCUCAGCUUGGAAUCAAUGUAUACAACACCAGACGAUGCCACUGUACCUGCUAUUGGGUUUGAUACUGAAUCUGACCUUGUAUGCUUGUCUGAUUCUGAUGAUGACAUUUAUGUCGUUGAUGAUGAUGAUAUCAAAGGUGAUGGUGUAAUGACAUGGGAGAACAGUGAUGAUGAUGAUGUUGAAUAUGAGUUAGUUGAAACAGAUGAUGAGUUCAAGGAGUUUCCUGAUGGAAAUGUGUGGCAAUUUGAACUCCCUCCUAGUCUGUAUGAAGAAUUUGAUGUUCCAGAUCUUGAUGAGCUACCAAUUUUAGAAUCUUCAAUAGGAGAGAAAGUACUUGAGUCUAAUAAUGAUGAUGAUAAUGAUGACUUGUCUAAUCGUGAAUGUCCAAACACUGGUAAAAUUUUAGACCCUUGUCCUAUUUCAAAGGAAACUACUCUCAAAAGUUGCUUGAAGAAACCUUGUAAGGCAAGUGGAGAAGUUGAAGUCAAAGAAAUAAGCAUACAGAAAUGUAAAGAAAUCAAGCCAAAUGAACAAUCUGAUAAACUGGAAAAACCAAAUGACAUGUCUAAGGAUCAUGAAUAUCCAAAGACUAAAAUUCUAAACCCUGGUCCCAUUUCAAAGGAAACUUCCCUCAAAAGUUGCUUGAAGAAACCUAAGACAAGUGGAGAAAUCAUGUCAAAUGAACCAUCUGAUAAAUUUGAACAAUCAAAGGAAUGUCCAAAGACUAAAAUUCUAGACCCUGGUCCUAUUCCAAAGAAAACUAGCCUCAAAAGUUGCUUGAAGAAUACAGCCAAGAUAAGUGGAGAAGUUGAAGUCAUAUUAACUGAAGCUGAACCAAAUCGCAAGGAAAACCUUACACAAGUUCUCCUUCAAAGUUGUUUUAAGAAGCCCACUCCAGAUAAAAAUAACAUGAAAGAAGUUUCAUUUACUCCAUCAACAAAAUCUGGUCCUCCAUCCCUGGAACCUGGAGAAAUAGGCAAAAAAAUGAAACUCAGAAGUUGUUUCGCUCUUACUCAAUCUCUUGCAAAAUCUUGUGUCAAUGCAAUUCCGAUGAAGUCAGACUUUUCAAGACCUGAAAAAAGUUAUCACAAGAAAACAAUAGUUGAUACUGUUCCUGGUCCAUUUGUCAGUAAGCUUGACAUACCAGGUAGUGAAGCUUCUGUAAACAUAGUGGCAGAUGACAAUAUAUCUCACACACAAACAGAUAAUUCAAAUAUGGCUAAUCAAAAUUUAGCAGGGAAUAAAGCAGAACUAAAGAGCGAUCUUCAUUCACAGGAAUUGACCCAGCAGAAUCCUUUAAAAAAUCCAAAUACAUUAAGUGAAGAAGUCCCACAACAUGAAGUCAUUGACUUGACAGAAGAUAUGACGGAUGAAAAUUUGACUGGGAAUGAUUCUGGAGUGAAUUUUGGGUCUAGUUCCACGCAAGAGUUGAGCUCAAAAUCUCGGAAUAUUAUCAAAGAUUCAAACAAAGUACAACCUCGAGUCAUUGACCAUGCAAAAAAUAUUGGUGAUGAAAAUUUAACAGAAGAUAAUUCAGGAGUAGUUAGUAGUUUAGAUAAAGUAAAAAUUAUACAACCUCGAAUUAUUGACCACACAAAAACCAUCAAUGAUGAAAAUUUAACAGAAGAUAAUUCAAGAGAAGUAAGUGGUUCAAAGCAAAAGACUUUAUUUAGAAAAUUAAAAACCACUGAUAAAGUAAAGGCUAUCAGACCUCAUAUUGUUGACGUAACAUACCUAAGUGACUCAGAUUCAGAUUCCUCUGGAUCUACUAAGAUGCCACUGGAUCCUAACCAUCUGAGACAAUUGAGAAAUUCUAAAGUUGUAGACCUAUCUGUGUAUCGCUCAUCUCAGCAUAAGUCCCCAGAGGAGCAGGAUGAACAAAAUGUUGAGGAGUUAUUUCCAAAAAUAAAUUCUUCACAAAGUCAACAAUCCAAAAUUGUAACUACAUACAAUUCUGGAAUGCUUGAUCCAAGGAUGAUUCAAAAUUCUGAAAUGCAACUUCCAAGCACAGUUCAAAAUCCUGGAAUUCAACAGCCAAUGAUGUUCCAAAAUCCUGGAAUGCAACAGCCAGGGAUUGUUCAGAACCCUGAAAUACAACAGCCAAGAAUGGUACAACUUCCCGAAAUGCAACAGCCAAGAAUGGUACAAAAUCCCGAAAUGCAACAGCCAAGAAAGGUACAAAAUCCCGAAAUGCAACAGCCAAGGAUGACUCAAAAUCCUGAAAUGCAACAGCCAAGAAUGGUGCAAAAUCAUGGAAUGCAGCAGCCAAGGAUGAUUCAAAAUUCCGUAAUGCAACAACCAAGGUUUGUUCAAAAUCCUGAAAUACAACAACCAAGAAUGGUGCAAAAUCCUGGAAUGCAACAGCCAAGGAUGAUUCAAAAUCCUGAAAUGCAACAGCCAAGGAUGAUUCAAAAUCCUGAAAUGCAACAGCCAAGGAUGAUUCAAUAUCCUGUAAUGCAACAGCCAAGAAUGGUUCAAAAUCUACCAAGGAUGGUUCAAAAUACUGAAAUGCAACCACCAAGGAUGAUUCAGAAUCCUGGAAUACAUCAGCCAAGGAUAAUUCAAAAUCCUAAAAUGCAACAGCCAAGGAUGAUUCAAAAUCCUGGAAUACAACAACCAAUGAUGGUUCAAAAUCCUGGAAUGCAACAGCCAGGGAUGCCUCAAACUCCUGGAAUGCAACAGCCAAGGAUUGUUCAAAAUCCUGGAAUACAACAACCAAUGAUGGUUCAAAACCCUGGAAUGCAACAGCCAGGGAUGCCUCAAACUCCUGGAAUGCAACAGCCGAGGAUUGUUCAUAAUCAUGAAAUACAACAGCCAAGAUUGGUUCAAAAUCUUAAUAUGCAACUGCCAAGGAUGUCUCAAAAUCGUGGAAUGCAACAGCCAGGGAUUGCUCAAAAUCCUGAAAUUCAGCAACCAAGAAUGAUUCAAAACCCUGAAAUUCAGCAGCCAAGAAUGAUUCAAAACACUGGAAUGCGACAGCCUGGAAUGAUUCAAAAUCCUGGAAUGCAACAGCAAAGAAUGAAUCCUGAAAUGCAACAACCAAGAAUGGCUCAAAAUCCUGGAAUGCAACUGCAAAGGUUGAAUCCUGAAAUGCAACAACCAAGAAUGGUUCAAAAUCCUGAAAUACAGCAACCAAGAAUUGUUCAAAAUCCUGGAACUCAUCAGUUACAAAUAGAUCAAAAGCGAUUUCCAGAAUUAGUUCAUUAUCCAAGUACCAUUCAACGGCAAUUUUCAAACACUACUGUAAUGCAACCUUCUGGAUUUGUUCAUCUUGUUACAUCUCAAACUGGGGUCCAGAAUCCUACUCCUGGAGUUCAUCAGUCUCUCAUUGGAGUUCAACAGACUUCCCCUGGAGUUCAACAAAGUCACCCUGGAGUUCAACAGCCUCCCAGUGGAGUUCAACAGCCUCUCAUUAGAGUUCAACAACCUUACUCUGGAGUUCGGUUGGCAUCUGCUACAUUUCAGCAGCCUCCACCUGGAGUUCAACAGCCUCCUCCAGGAGUUCAACAGCCUCCCAGUGGAGUUCAACAGCCUCCCAGUGGAGUUCAACAGCCUCUCAUUGGAGUUCAACAACCUCACUCUGGAGUUCGGUUGGCUUCUGCUACAUUUCAGCAGCCUCCCCCUGUAGUUCAACAGCCUCCUCUUGGAGUUCAACAGACUCCCUCAGGAGUUCAACAGACUUCCUCUGGAGUUCAACAGCCUCCUCCAGGAGUUCAACAGACUCCCUCUGAAGUUCAACAGUUCUCCUCUGGAGUACAGCAGCCAUUUGCUACAAUUCAGCAGGCUUCCCUUGGAGUUCAACAGCCUCUCCUAGGAGUUCAUCAACCUCCUCUCAGAGUUCAACAGCUUCCUUCUAGAGUUCAGCAGUCUCCCUUUGAAUUUCGCCAGCCUCUUCAUGGAAUUCAACAGCCUCCCCAUGGAAGUCAACACCACCCCCAUGAAAUCCAAGAGCCUAGCCAUAAAAUUCAAGAGUCUCUUCCUCUUGGCAUUCUACCAGCAAUUGGAUCUACAUUAUCAGUCAAAAAAGCAUCUAAGAACCCUCAAAUGUCACUUGCCUCAUACUAUGAUGAACAAGAUGCAAUGUAUGGUCCUUCUGAACCUACUGAUAACAAAUCAGAUAAGAAGCCUCCAUUGCCCCUAGAACCCCCUUUGCCGAAAGAACCCCCUUCACCAAAGGAACCCCCUUUGUCAUCUCCCAAGACAAUGAAGAUUGAAACACCUAUUUCACCAUCAACAAACACACAUGGAAGCAUACCAAAACCAACUGUGUUACCAAUAAAUGAAUCUUCUGAGAAUAAAAGUUUGCCUUCUGAAUUGGUUGAAAAUGAGAAGGGUCAAGUAUCGGUUGAUAAUGAGCAGAACAAGCCAGCACCGGUCAAAUAUAAGCAAAAUGAGCCGGCAUUGGAUGAAAAUGACCAGACUGAGCCAGCAUUAAAUGAUGGUGAGAAGCCAAAGUUAGACGAAAAGAAGGUUGUUAAGUUAAAACAGCAAAAGCGCAAAAUGGAAGACAUGUACAAGGAGACUUUGAAAUCAACUAAAAAAAUGCGAAGAGAUAUUGAUGAGGCUUUAAAGCAGCGUAAAAGAGAUAUUGAAAUAAAAAAAGAAAAAGAACAACAGCGAAAGAGAGAUAUUGAAGAAGAAAAAAAGAGGCAGCAUUUAGUAGCCAUUGAAAGAAGAGAAAGAAGGCUCAUGGCAAAAAUUGAAACUGAAAAUGAACUCAAAAGAGCAGAACUUAAAUUGAAUGCUAAAAAACGUUGUCAUGAAUCAAAAACAUGGGCAAAACAUGUGGUUAAUUUAGUAGAAACACCUGCCCUUGAUUCAGUUGAAAAACCUGCCCUCGAUUCAUUUGAAAAAUCUACCCUUGAUUCAGUUCAACAACCACCCCUUCAUUCAAAGGAAAUGCUCGCCCUUGAUUUAGUAGAAACACAUGUUAAAGAUCCAGUAGAAACAACAAUAACUGCAUCAGGAGAGGAAAUCAAUCCAAGAACAGCCAUUGAUAAAACCAUUGAAUACCAAUUAACAGAACUUACAUCAUGUGCUCAGAAUUUGUUGAAGAAUCAACAUGAAAAGCUGAAAGAAACUGCUAAGGGAGUCCUAAACAAUGUUCUUGUGGGACCACAAGGACAUACACAACCAUCUGGAAAGAAAAAUAUGUCUCUACAUUCCUAUGUUGAUGAACUUUUGGACAACACAUAUGAUCAAUAUGACCCUGCAGAACCAACCAAUGAAGAGACAGAGGAUGGAGAUAUUGUUGCUUAUGAUGAAAGUAUACAUGAACCAAACGUUGAUUUGGAUACAUGUGACCAGGAAUACAAAGAAAAUGUUGAUGGUGCUACUGAAAAGGAUGAAAAGAUUCAGCAAUAUGCAAGUAUUGGAUUCAAAGAUACGAUUUGUGAACCUAAGAUCGAAGAAAGGGUAAAUGUUCACACAAGGAGCCCAAGUGCAAUAGAGAAAGAGUUGUACGGAGAAGAUUACCAACCAAUAGAAAUAGAGUAUCCACCUGAAGAAUCUGAUGAAGAGGUUGAGUACAUUCAAGAAGAGCCUCUUGUGGAAGAAAAAUAUGUCCCAGAGGAGUCAGAUGAGUUGGAAAGAGAACUGUAUGGCGAUGACUACACACCUAUAGAGAUAAAAUAUGAGGACCCUGACAAAAAUGAGUUUGAUGAGGCUGAUAUAUUUGAGAGAAAUAAGGAAGAAGAUUUCUAUAUUACGCAAAUGGAACAGUUCAGGAAAUCCAUGCAUAAUCAAAAUGAAUCGAGUGAAGUUCAAGAUAUGGAUGAUACAACAUCACUAAUAACCAUAAGUGACACCGAACCAUGUAUAAAUGACACUGACCAGAUAUCAAAUCCUAAAAUGGUUGAGGAAAAACGUUCAGCAUCUGAAUCUGAAGAUGGAUUAAUACUGUCUCAUAUAGAGAUACUGGGUGAGCUUGAGGAGCUGGAAACCAAAGUCAAAGUGCCACAUAGACAAGGUACAACCAAAAAACUGAAAGAGAGAUUCAUUGCAUACCAAAGUGUCAAAAGUGAAGAGCCUGAAAUAUCUGAGAUGCCGACAGAGGAAGAUUUGGAAGAAUUUUAUAAGAUCUCUGCUUCAGCUGAGCGAAAAACGAGUCCACGUGGAAGAAAAAUUGCUGGACAUGGCCCCAUUCUUUGUUAUAAUACACCUAAGAAUCACAAUAUUCCUGAUAAUCAGCAAAGCAUGCCUAAUCAGAACAAUGUACCUAAUCAGCAAGGUUUACCCAAUCAGGAAAAUAGCGCUGAUCUAUCUAAUCAGCAACAUGAAAAUGUCCAAGCUAUGAUACAGAUAUCUGAUUGUAACAAACAAAAGGCUGACCAAUAUCAUAGACAAAAAUUUAAAAAGCAGCGGUACAAAUCUAAGAAAAAGCCUUAUAUAUCAAAGCAACAACAACCCAGGCAACAUAUAGUUCAUGGGGUUACUCAAGCAAAACAAGAAACUCAAAAUGAAAAUAUGCCUCGUCAGCACAGUGAGUCUAAUCAGCCCAGCAAACAUCAACAUCAAAAUGAGAUCUAUCCAAUAGAAUCAAAACAAACUUUGAAGAAUGAAACUAGUAAUCCAAAUAAGGGUAAAGUAUUACUCCCAACUCCAAACAUAGCAAUAAGCCUUGGCUCUUCAAGUACUUCUGUCUCUGACAAUAUUACAGGAACAUCUAAACCAGCAAACCACAAUAAAGAAAAGCAGCCCGAGGCUCAAAAUCGAAGAAAAGUGCUUCUUCCUACUCCAGUUCAAGCAAAAGCUGUAGAAAAAACAGCAGUUUUUCCCACAGCAUUGGAAGUUAGCCAGCCACCAUUCCAUGGGAAUAUCAAUCAGUUACCUUCAGAAGUACCAGCAGAUCAGGCUACUGUAUUUGAGGUUAGUCAGCCACCAUCCAUAGUUGUAACUACAGAUCAGUCAAGGGGUGAUGUUGACCUUAGGCCCCCAGUCAAAGAACAGAAUGCAACAAAAAUAUUCUCCAAAGAUCUAGAUUUAAGGGAGAAAGAGACAGUUGAUAGAGAUGAAAGGAAAAUAACACCCAAGAAAGAUACUGAUCACAGGAGUGAAUUAUCUAAUAAGGAUUUAGAUCUUAGAGACCAUACACAUUAUGGAAAUCAAGAAAAGUUGUCUCAAAAGGGACACAAAAUUACCCAGGAUUCAGAUCUGAGGGGGGAAAUGAAUACCCAGAGUUUGAAUCAGAAAGAAAAAAUUGGUAUUGAGGAUUCAGACCUAAGGGAGAAAGGUGAGACCCAGGAUUCAAAUCAAAGAAUCCAAACUACACUUCUUGAUUCUGACCAGAGAAAGCUUGAUGUUGACCAGAGGGAUCGAAAACCUCUUCUUGACACCAAACCAAGUGUUCAGUCUAGUAGUUCGGUAAAUACAGUGAUUCAAGACAAAAUAGGUAAAAGGGGACGAAGUCACGCUGGUGGAGAUUUAAGAGGAAAGAGCUAUGAGAGGGCAAAUCCUAGGGGGCAAGACCACGCAGAAGUUGUAGUCCACAGAGUGAAACAAGGAGGCCAGAGUAUAAUCAUCACAAUGAUGAUGGAAGACAUAGAUCAAGAAGUCCAUUUGGAGAAAAACAUCUUCCUUUUGACGGAAGACAUAGUUCAUAUGAAGGAGAUCAAAGGAGAAAAUGGAACAGCCCAAAUAGAGACGAUAGAGCAUCUAGUUCCCAUGAUAGAGCACAUAGCCCUUUUGAACAAGGACAUCCUCAUUUUGAUAGAGGACACAGUCCAUAUCAUUGGGAGCAAAGCUCAUUUGAAAGAGGCCAUAGCCCCUUUGAACGAGGGCGUAGCCCUUUUGAGAGAGGACCUUCUCCUUUUGAAAGAACACAUAGCCCUAGAAGACACAGCCCUUUUGAAAGAGGACGUCCUCAAUUUGAACAAGAACAUGGCCCAUUUGAUAGAGAACAUGGGUCAUUUGAAAGAAAACAGGGAUCUUUUGAGAGAGAAGCCCAUCAUAUUGAACGAGGGCAUAGCCCUAGAAGACAUAGUCCGUUUGAAGGAAGAUCUCAUUUUGAGCGAGGGCACAGUCCAUUUGAACGAGGACCUCCACCUUUUGAAAGAGGACAUAGCCCAUAUCAAAACAGGGAUCAUGCGAGACAGUGGCAUAGCCCUCAUAGAGACGACAGAGGACAUAGUCCAUUUGAAAGAAGACAUAGCCCAUUUGAAAGAAGACAUAGUCCAUUUGAGAGAAGAUAUGGUUCAUUUGAAAGAAGACAUAGUCCAUGUGAAAGAAGACGUAGUCCAUUUGAAAGAAGACAUAGCCCAUUUGAAAGAGGGCAUAGUCCAUUUGAAAGAAGACAUAGUCCAUUUGAAAGAGGACGAAGUCCGUUUGAAAGAAGACAUAGUCCAUUUGAAAGAGGACAAAGUCCAUUUGAAAGAAGGCAUGGACCAUUUGAAAGGGCACAAAGUCCCUUUAGAAAAGAGGAUGAAAGAAAACAUUGGAAUAGCCCUGGCAGAGAUGAAGAAUACCACAGAGAACAUAGGCCAAGAGGUUCCUGGCAUAGUCCACCAAGAGAUGGAAGAGAUUUUAGGCCUCCGUUUGACGGCCGGGAUAGGCAUUGGGAUAAUCAUGAACCUCGUGAUCCAAGGUACCACUGAACAUAGGCACAAUGCUUAAGAAGCUACGUGUAUCUAUAGAUUUUAAGGAUUCUAUGAAAAGCAUUGUGCUGUCCAUGUUAUCAGAAUAUAUGACAUUAAACUACAUGAUGUAAGCGGCCAUGUCAAGUAGCAUAACAUAAUGAAUGUUGAGUUCAAUGUAGUUAUGCAAUCAGAUUUGACCAAAUUUUGAAGGAGUAUGAUGUAAAUGGAUGUUGACAACUAUAUAGCUAUGCCGUCAGAUUUGACAAAGUUUUGAAGGAGUAUGAUAUGAAUGGAUGUUGACAACAAUAUAGCUAUGCCGUCAGAUUUGACCAAAUUUUGAAGGAGUAUGAUGUAAAUGGAUGUUGACAACUAUAUAGCUAUGCCGUCAGAUUUGACAAAGUUUUGAAGGAGUAUGAUAUGAAUGGAUGUUGACAACAAUAUAGCUAUGCAGUCAGAUUUGACAAAAUUUUGAAGGAGUAUGAUAUGAAUGGAUGUUGACAACAAUAUAGCUAUGCCGUCAGAUUUGACCAAAUUUUGAAGGAGUAUGAUGUAAAUGGAUGUUGACAACUAUAUAGCUAUGCCGUCAGAUUUGACAAAGUUUUGAAGGAGUAUGAUAUGAAUGGAUGUUGACAACAAUAUA